AUGUCUUCCAAAAUCAUCCGCCAACGUCAAAUGACUAAAAUAAAUAAUGAAAAUCCCGUAAAAAAUAUUAGUAAGUACUAAAAUUAUAGUUAAAAGCAUGACAAAAUAUUUGUAUAUAAUGUAAAUUAUUCGGCAUAAUUCUAGUUUUGUAUAUCAAACAAUUUCUUUGAUACAUUAUUUUUUAAAUUAUGUUUUCGAGCCUAGGUACAUUGAAAUUGUGAAAAUAAGCUGGACGUAUUCAUUAUUUGGAAGUUAUGGGAAAAACUUCAAUAAGUUUUGAUUUCUGUUACUCGAAUUUUCAGUUAGAAUUUAAUAUUUUUGAAAAGUUGUUUUCUUGAGUGGUUUUAAAUACAUUGGUAUUAUUACAGAAUAUAUCAAAACUUAUUUAAGAAUAAUAUUUAUUUUUAAAGUGUCUGUUCUUAAACUAUAAUCAAUUUCAUUUUUUUAUUUGUUGUAUCUAGUUCCCUAGGUAUCCAAUGUGGUUUUGCAUAACAAAUUUAUACAUAUAAAUGUAUUUUAUCAAAAAUCUGACAUGAGUUUGUGGAGCUACUAAAUUUAAGUGGCCAAAGACCUGUUCUUUUGUAGUGAAGAUUGCUGUUUUGGUUUACAAUUACACUCCUUGCAGUAGUAUUAUGUUGCAAAUUUGGUUAAGUAACCGAGCUGCUUCCUUUUUUCCCCAUCAUUAAAGGAGGGAUUAAAGAAGGAUGCACUUUGUUGCUAAAGUUAGGGAACGAAGUCACCUGGCAUAACAGUGCAUCACACACAUCUGCACCCCCAUAGUUUCUUUAUUAAUGCAAAUUUUCAACUAUUUUUCAAGGUUUUUGUACAAAGUUUUUAAUAGUUAGUAUGAUAGGUAUGAUUUGAUUAACUUAAUUAAUCAUUGGAUUAAGUAUUAAAUUUUACAUUAUGGAAAAAACAAAUAUUAAAAUCUGUUUAAGAAACAAGUGUAACAUAAAAAUAGGAAUUUUUUGAAGAUUUUUCUUUAACAUCCAUAUGAAGUUUGUACGACUUUUCGACAUUUUUAAUGUACAUCCAAAAAAACAUAUUUCAAAAAAAAUAAAUUGAUAAAAAAUUGUUAGUAUGCUAAACUAGAAUUGUUUCAAUAUUAUGCAAUUUAUACCUAAAUAGAUGAUUUAGUCUGCGUAUCAUUUUAUUAAUUUAUUUUUAUAUUUUGUAGAAAAUACAUUGAUUGUAAAUCGUAAACAAAGUGCUCUGAAAGUGUUGACAAACACGGUUCAAUCAACAAAAAAAAAAAGCCCUAAUAAAAGUCUCAAAAAUUUGAAAGCUUUUACCAUGGAUAAGUUUGAGAUGGAUGUCAAAUGUAAAUCACCAUCAGCAGACAUCUCCUACAAUCAGAAUAAUGAUGAGUUUAACCAUAUUAACUGUUCAUCACUACUGGAAAAUGGUAAUAUUAAAAACAAUAAAUUUAAAAUGACAAAAUGAAAUAAAUUUUAAUGAAGUAUUCACACUUUAUAUUUAAAUGCAUAAAAAACCGUUAUGGUUUGGGGUUAAAAUAGGACUACAAUAACUCUUGUUUAUAGCAUGAGGUGAUUCAAAGGAGGUAGAGAGCAGCAGAAACUGAUAUAUCUAAAAUUAGUUAGAAAGUUAAAGUUAAGUUGGAAAGUUACUUUUAAAGUAACAUUUUAACGCGUUAAAAACAUAAAGUAACUAAUUAUUUUUAAUCAUUACAAAAAUAUUCCUAUGUUUCGUCACAUUAGAGACUAGACCGUGUUGUGGAUUAUGAAAUGUACUAGAUACAAUUUUGUGAUAUAUAAUUUAUAUAACUUUUAACAUAUUAAAUGUUUUGUUAUACAUGGUUUAAACCACAUGUAUUUACAAUAAAUAUUGUACGUUGUUAAUUUUACAUAUAUAUAUUUUAAAUAUAGUAAGUUAAGGUCUGCACAAGCUGCAUCGGUGGCAGUAAAAUUCAAAUAACCUAUGAUUAUUUUAGUUUUGAAAUGUGCGCAUUAUCUUUUUGUAUGAAUUGUGCGACUUGUAUGUUUCAUGAGGUAUUUGUAUAAUAUAUUGUAUGUAUUUAUUUUAAAUAAAUUAAGGUUAAUAUUUUAAAUAUUUGAUCAAAUGAUCAAUUCAAUUACUACCAAUAAUUCAGUUAUUAGUUUUUAAAUUAUAAAAAAAAAACAAACAAAUUUCUAACUUUAGUUUCAAUUUAAUUUUUUUAUUUUUACUAAGUUUGAAAUAUGAGAAAUUUCUGAAACCAACCUAUAUUCUACUUCAUUAGUUUUUAUAAUAAAGUAACUUACCUUUAACUAGUUGAAACAAAAUUACUAACUUAGAUAGUUUUAUUUAUUUGGACAAAUUAUCUAGUUUUAGUGUAAUGACUUAGAGUCUGAUCAUUUUUUAGUGAAUACUCGCUGCAUACCCACUCCCAUUUUCUUAGAAAAGUAUCCCGAGCAGAAAGAUCAAAUUUAAAAUUUUUGCCUUUCCUCAGUUACUCUUCCAAACUGAGAGUGUUUCCUAUUCACAAAUACAUUUUUUCUUUUUGCAAAAUUAACUAAUACAGUAAUAAUUUACCAUUCAUUUUCUAGUGGAUGUUCAGUAUGUAAAAUUUAAUUUUACUGGGUGUCCAAUAGAAAGCCUUGUAAAUUCUCAUGCUCAGAGUUUAUUUUUUUAGUGAUGGAAAUUAUUACAAAUAGUCAAUACUAGAAUUUUCUUUUUACAUUUUAAAUUGUUUAUUAAUUAUGAUUGUUAUUUUAUAGAUUCCUUGCCUUCUAGUAUGACUUGUAAUAUUGGCAUGUUGAGCGACUUUUUCAAUUUCAAAAAUGGCAAUGAUAAUUGGUUUCUUGAAGAUUAUAAUAAGAUAAUGAUUAAUAAAAUCCAAAAUACAUUUGAAAAUUUUGGUAAAUAUAUUAGAUUCUGUGUAACUAUAAUUUUCCUAUUAUUGUGUAUAAUACCUGAAUUGAAUAAAUAAAUAUUUUAUGUAUUUUAGGAGAGCCAGAUAUGGAACCAUACUCAUUACCACCAAUGCCAAAAAUGGAUUUUUCAGAAAUACCAAGUUUUUGA